CCUUUUCCUUAAUUAAAUAUGACAUUGAAAACCAAAUGUCGUUCUGGUGUCUCAUUUGGCAUUUGGGUUAAAACAUUUUUUGACCUCAUAGCCUUCUACAAUCCUGACCCCGGCAUCAGGAAUUUUCUUAGCCAGGGACCAAACAUGGUCAAUUCUUAAAACAGUAACCAACACCAUUUUUAAGCAUCAAAUUCAGCCCAGAUGUCAAGGUUGAAUUGAUAAGAUACUUGCUAACCUCUAUAGCUGCUCAACUUACCAUAGAAACAGGGAGGAGGGGGAACUUGGAAAGAAACGGGAAUUUCAGGAAACUGUCCAUGGACUGUGAGAAUCAAGGUCAUCCAAAGCAGAUAUCUGGCAGAGAAGUGGACCUUUUGCAUAACAAACAGUCCAGUUUUUCUUACCUUGGUCUGUGUACAGAGGGAGGGGCAGGCGCCUUUACAUAUACCUGCAAUCAUGCGAAUGGGACUGCACAUGCUGCAAACGGGGUCGCGCGUUCCUGCGGCAAUGCUAGUGCCCAUGCGACCCUUGUGGUGAUGCUAGAGCCCACACAACAUUAGCAUGAGUGGGAUGAGUAGUGGGCUGUAGCCCACAGGUUUGGAACUCCUGAACUAGAUUACUUUGGAGGGUUUUUUAAAAACACAUUUACUAGUGGUUGGGCUUCACACAAUACUUUUCCUCACAGCCAAAUAAAUGUAUUUUCCUCCCAUGUGUUACUCCUGCAGCCUAUUUUUACUAUGCCACAACAAGAUUAGGUAGAGUUACUACCACCACACAUAUUAAUGUGGGAUACUUUUAGGGAAAUAUUGGGUAGAUUACCUGAUGAUAUUUCCAAUUGCCAAUCACUCUCCUGAACAUAUGGUAGGGCAGGUUGGGGUCCAAGCCUUUAUAAUUUAUUUAGCCUUCAUGUUUUAUUAUUUACUGCAUGCUGCUUCUCAGGAAGCUAAUCUAUCAGAAUACUAAUAGCUUUGUGAAUUUUUUCAGAGAUGCUGCCAUGACAUCACCUGGAUUAUAACAGGGCGGAGUCAAAUUGAAUAAAACUUUGAUUCCCAUCUUCAGUAGUUCAGAUAUUGGCAGCAAAGAAAUACAAAAAAAUCAAACUACAUUUUUGCAACCCAAGUAUACCUCAUAAUUGAUGAAUAAGCUGAAACCUGUUCAAUUUAAAUAAUUGAUAAUUAAUCAUAAAACUUAUGUUCAGCCUGGAAAAGUGUGACUUUCUUCAGACUUUGGGAUUGAAAUUGGAGCCAGUAAAGCGCUAGAAAAGCCAAGCCAUUGCUCAUCACUAUCACUUCUUCCUCCCCUCAUAAGACUCCUCAUAGUAGGAUCAAGAGUGGGAUGGAAAUAUUAUAAAUAAUAAGGACAUACUAGUUUCCUAAAGGGGGAAUCUCGAUUUUAUUCAGCUGCCUCUAUUUUAAUGAAGAAUCAUUUUGGGCAAGUCAAGAGGCUCCGGUAUUUUAACGAUCAGAGAGGGAGGGAGUUGGGAGGAGAGGCAAUUCCUCUGCACAUGCUAAGAGGCAUGCUUUCCCAGCUUUUUUUAAAGGUUAGGGUGCCUCCUGACGUAGUUGAAAGGUUAUGCUGCAAAGGAGAAAAGAGGCUCAUAUUGACUGAGUCGCUGGCCGGCCGGCCGGCCGGCCGGCAGGCAUGCUCUCCGCGCUCGCGCACCCCCCGCGAGACCCGGGUUGGCGGGGAAGGCUUCUCCCGGCUGGCCGCUUCGCCCUCCUGCCUCUUCCUCCUCCUCCAAUCGCGAGCGCCCUUACUGCUGGGUGGGCUGAGCUGCUCGCCUGCACGCCCAGCUGAUCCGAGGCUCAGCCAUGUCAACUCCAGAUUCAGGCAGUGGUCCUCCUGGACAGCCAGCUCCCUUUCCUUCUGCCCCACCACCACCACCAAUUCUACCUCCUCCAUUUAUGCCUCCUCCUGGGAUCCCACCACCAUUUCCACCCAUGGGAUUGCCCCCAAUGGGACCACGGCCACCUCCUAUGCCGCCUAUGCCUCCUAGCAUGAUGCCACCUCCCCCUCUGAUUCCACCUAUGCCUGGACCACCACCCCUGGGUCAGAUGCCCACAAUGGUACCACCGAUGCUGCCUGGGAUGAUCAUGCCAGGGGUGCCAGCUGGGCCUGUUCCUGUUUCUGGAGGAGCAGCUCCUGUUACUGACCCAUCCAACACUACAGUGACCCAAGCAGCACCUAUGAUCCCCAACCCCCUGGCAGGUGCUGUGCAACAAAAUAUAAUUCUUGGUGGCUCUCCAGUGUUGGAUACAGGCCGAAAGAAGCCAGCAUGGAGUGAACAUAAAGCCCCGGAUGGGCGGAUCUAUUAUUAUAAUGCUGAAACCAAACAAUCAAGUUGGGAAAAGCCAGAUGAACUCAAGUCUAAGGCAGAGCUCUUGCUGUCACGCUGUCCUUGGCGUGAGUAUCGCUCAGAAACUGGGAAAUCCUAUUACUACAACACUCAGAGCAAGGAGUCACGCUGGACCAGGCCACGAGAGUUGGAUGACAUUGAGGCAUUGAUCAAGGAGGAAGAGGAGGAAGCAGAGAAGCAACAGCUACCUCAGCAACUGGAGCCACCGUUGUCGGGCCCUGCCAGUCCCAGCCCGUCUUCUGCGGCCACCUCAGACACAGAAGGCACUGGGGGCGUUGAAGAGGCCCCAGGGACUGAGGGAAUCCCAGCUGCUGUUGAGGAAGUCACAAGCAGUUGUGAUCCCCUCCGGAGAGAUGAAGAAGAUCGUGGCAGUGCCAGUGCCUGGAGCAACAAAGAGGAAGCUAAACAAGCUUUUAAGGAACUGCUCAAAGACAAGGGUGUUCCCGCUAGUGCAUCCUGGGAACAGGCGAUGAAGCUUGUUAGCUGUGACCCCCGUUUCAGUGCUUUGCCCAAGCUGAGUGAGAAGAAGCAGGCAUUCAAUGCCUACAAGGCUCAACGGGACAAGGAAGAAAAGGAAGAGGCUCGACUCCGGGCAAAGGAGGCAAAGGAAGAACUGCAACACUUUUUGGAAGAACACAGCAAAAUGAAUUCUACCACCCGUUACAGGAAAGCUGAACAAAUGUUUGGUGAGCUGGAAGUGUGGGCCAUGGUCCCCGAAAGGGAUCGCAAGGAGAUCUAUGAUGAUGUUCUUUUUUUUCUGGCCAAGAAAGAGAAGGAGCACACCAAGCAGCUCCGCAAAAGGAACAUUCAAGCUCUGAAGAGUAUCCUGGACAGCAUGAGCCGUGUCAGCUUCCAGACCACUUGGUCCGAGGCCCAGCAGUAUCUAAUGGACAAUCCCAGCUUUGCCGAAGACGAAGACUUGCAAACUCAGCCUGGCCUGCUCCCAACUUUCCCUCUUUCAGACAUGGACAAGGAGGAUGCUUUAAUCUGCUUUGAGGAACACAUCAGGACGUUGGAGAGGGAGGAGGAGGAAGAACGCGAACGGGGUCGAUUACGGGAGAGACGUCAGCAGCGGAAAAACAGGGAAGCCUUCCAGGCCUUCUUGGACGAGCUUCACGAAAGCGGGCGCCUUCACUCCAUGUCCACUUGGAUGGAGCUGUAUCCCUCCCUCAGCACCGACCGACGCUUUGCCAACAUGUUGGGCCAGCCUGGCUCCACCCCGCUCGAUCUCUUUAAAUUCUAUGUUGAAGAUCUGAAGGCCCGAUUCCAUGACGAAAAAAAGAUCAUCAAGGACAUUCUCAAGGACCGGAGCUUCAGUGUGGAAGUAAAUACAACCUUUGAGGACUUUGCCCACGUCAUCAGUUUUGACAAGCGUGCUGCCACGCUGGAUGCUGGCAACAUAAAGUUAACUUUCAACAGUCUGCUGGAAAAGGCCGAGGCACGGGAGCGUGAACGGGAAAAGGAGGAAACCCGUAAGAUGAGGCGCAAGGAGGCAGCCUUCAAGAGCAUGUUGCGUCAGGCAGCUCCUCCCCUGGAACCCAACACCGCCUGGGAUGAGGUCAGAGAGCGAUUUGCCAACAAUAUUGCCUUUGAGCAGAUCACACUCGAAUCAGAACGGAUCCGCCUCUUUCGUGAAUUCCUGCAGUUGCUGGAGAGUGAGUGCCAGCAUUUCCAUACCAAGGCCAAGAAGCACGCCAAGAAGCCAAAGAAACAUCAUCGCAAGCACUCUGCCUCGGGUUCAGAAUCGGGCUCAGAUCAUCCCCACCGAGCAGCCAAGCGCAAGAAACGAAACCACUCGGAAUCAGCGGGUUCAGGUGCCUCGUCCUCAGCCGAUUCAGAACAUAGCCCCAGGCGUGCCAAGAGGCAGAAGAAGAAGAGCAAGAAGAAACGGCAUAAGUCGAACAGCCCUGAAAGCGAAGCUGAGCACAAGAAGGAGCCAAGCCGGGCAGAAGAGUGGGAGCGAGAGAAGGCCCCUCUGCGACCUGAGGGGAGGGGCCACUCCCCUCCCCGGGGUACUCGGAGGGAGCGGAGUGGUUGGGACACCUCAGAGAGCGAGGAGCUGAGCGAAGGGGAGCUGGAACGUCGGCGUCGGACUCUGCUGCAGCAACUGGGUGACCAGUAAUUGACCCCUGCCUCUUUUGAGGCACCCCCAACACCAUUAUAUGAGAAGCAUUCAGUCCUUGUCCCUGUGGCAACUUUGCCUUGUUUUAGCCUUGGUGGCAUCCAAGCCAAGCGUAUGCACUGCUCUUGCUGGACCCCACACGUUGGGUCACAGCCUUCUUCAUUACAUUCACCUGCGUCUAAGAGGGGAGCAGCUGCUCCUACCUGUUGGCAGCAGUCACCUCCAGUGACACCACCUGUCUACAUGAAGCAUCAGAACAGGGAGGAAAGUUUAGAUGUUCCUUGUGGAUCUGGAGGGCAUCUGCAACAUUGAAACCCGGCUCGUGGAUCAUCCAGAAGAGGAUUGGGGGAAUUGCAUCUGAGCACCAGAAUGAAUGAUGUCUGUCUCCGCACAGACUUCACCAGGGCCACACCAGCCCAGAGCCUCCUUUGGCCUAGAUGCAAAAUGGCGGCAGAAAACAGCUAAGGUACAGCAUCAGUCUUGUCUAAUGUGGAGACAGGAUUGCGCUACGUGGUCUUCUGGAAGGUUAUCGCUGUGACUGGAUCCUUUCCCCUGGUUGCAGUAUCCCCUUGUGAGUUAAGGAUUUAAUGGAAUUUUUAAAACAAUAUUUAUAAUAAAUCUGGACUGAAAAUACCAA